CCAGAUUCCUCUUUCACUGUCAAGGAACUUUCCUUUUCUUCCACACACAUAUUCUUUAUCUAAACUCCCCUUAAAUCACAAAUUAAACAUCUUAAAAUACAUAAUAAUUUUCUCUAAACUGAUCAAUCAAUCACCGUUAAAUCUUUCUCCUUCUCCGAUCAAUCAUAUAAAUUCCGAUAUGCAGCACGGUGACGUUAGCUCUACCUACUACCAAUAUUACCAGCCUCCCUUUCCCAACCCUAACCCUAAUCCUAACCCUAGCUCUACUCCGGCCGAUCCACCCUACACUCCGGCGGCUGCCGUCCCCAGCCAAUUUGCAUCUGCUCCGCCGGUUGCUUCCGGUGAUUACUCCAAUUACGCCUCCGCAUAUCCGCCGUAUGCUCAGCCCUCUGCCGAUCAUGCCCCUAAUCCACCUGCUCCCUUCCCUUCAAAUCCCACCUCUCAAUCGUCAUACGGUUUCCCUCACCUCGAGGCUCCGCAGCCAAAUUAUUAUCCGUAUGAUCAAAAUCAAGCACCUGUGAGUUAUGAUUAUGCUGCUCCUGCUGCUAAUUAUCAGGAACCGAAUCCGCCUAAUUAUAAUUCAGUGAAUUCGCCAGCUCCUUAUUCAUCGACGUCAUUUGGCGGCUCGGCAGGGACUAAUUAUGGUAAUUCGUAUGAGAAUAGCUCUAAUUAUCGUUCGUAUGGAGAUCAGGGAUUGUAUGAGAGUGGUGUUUACAAGUACAAUGGGAAGAAAGAGGAGUCGUAUAGUGGAAAUCGAUCAAAUGCGGGUAUGAUGUUUGAUGAUUAUGGAAGACCAAUCAAUGUUCAUAGUGGUAGGGAGCAGCAGAGACCUGUGAGUGCUCCUAAAGUUGUGAAAGCAGCACCUAAGAUUGAGGACCAACAAGAUGCCACAGGUGGUGUUUUGAAGUUUCGUGUCAAGCUUUUAUCCGAAGGCUUUGGUCAGAGUGACAUGGAUGUGCUUUGUCAGAUUGGUCUAGAUGGGAUUCGCUUACUUGAUCCUGCUACUAGCCGAACUCAGAGGAUAUAUUCACUCGAGAACGUGACAAGAUGGGAGGUGUUGGAUUCACAUAUAUUUGCAUUUUGGGCCAAAACUUCUGUUGACAUUGAAGCUAAACGUAUCAGGCUGAAAUCAAAUAGCUAUACCACCAACAAUAUUCUUGAUGCAGUGACAGCAGCAAGUAUUCAG